GUUUACCGCUCAUAUCAAGUUAUGUGAUAUCGUGAUAGUAGCUUCGGCUCGAUGUGUGAAUAUUUCAAGUUGGUGCCCAUCAUUCUAUGUAUAAACCGCAGAUUUGCUUGUGAACGCCUAGAUGAAAUUUGCUGAGAAACUAAAUGCUCAUCUCACUCCUGAAUGGAGGACUCAGUACAUUGAUUAUGAUGAACUUAAAGAACAUCUGUAUAAAUAUACACAAGUGUUGGAAUCCCUACCUUGUCUUACUGAAGAGGAAACCAAGGCUUAUUUAGACGAAUGUGACGAGGAGUUUUUUCGUCUGUGUCAGAAUGCGCUGCGAAAAAUUGAAGUGUUUUUUUCUGAGAAAAUUGCGGAGGCUAACAGAAAGUUCACCACACUUGUGGAUGAACUGGAGAAUUAUAUUGAAUCAACUCAGCAUAAGUCUUCUGCUUGGAUAGGUGGUUCUAGAUCGUCUAUCUCCAGGAAGCUAACAGAAUCAUUUGUUAGAGAAGCUGAUAAAUUCAGGCCAUCGUUUCGAGAAAAUGGCUCGGUUAUUACAACUACUCAGAGCAAAAUCAGUAAAAUACAGCUGGAAGAAAACUCAGAGUUGCGCCGUCGUCAAAGCCGGUCCAAAUCAUCCGACAAAAGCAAGUAUGAUGCCCUGAAUUUUAAUAAGCGCAAAAAGACUUUCCGAAAACUACAUGACCUGAAACUGGCUUUUAGUGAAUUUUAUCUCAGUCUUGUUCUGCUUCAAAAUUACCAGUCAUUGAAUUUCACGGGGUUUAGGAAGAUUCUGAAAAAGCAUGACAAGCUCUUACGUCGAAACACUGGACUAAUUUGGCGACAACAAGUGGUCGAAUGUGCACAUUUCAAUACCAGCAGAGAGGUCGAUGAUCUCAUUACAGAAGUCGAAAAUAUAUUUACAGAGAAGUUGGAACAAGGGGAUAGACAGAAAGCAAUGAAGCGUUUACGAGUGCCACCGCUUACUGAAAAGUCUAAUCCUCAUGGUUUGUUUCUGUUUGGCUUAUAUGUUGGAAUUUUUCUGGCUCAGUUUAUUGUUAUUGUGUUAACUGGUAUAUUUUUACGUCCACUACCUCCAUAUUACCUUCCUGCAAUACGAUUGUUUCGUGGAACAUUUCUUCUUAUAUUCUUUCUUUGUUUAUUUGGAGCUAACACUUAUGGAUGGCGUUCAUCUGGUGUAAAUAAUGUUCUUAUUUUUGAACUUGAUCCGCGAACACAUUUAGAUCAUUUUGAAUUAUUACAGAUUUCAUUUUUCCUGGCUGUGAUAUGGGGAUGUGCAUUGAUUUAUUUUUUAUUUAGUGAAGUUAUGCAUUCACCUGCGUAUGCCUCACCCUUUGUACUUGUUUCAUUCAUGACACUUUAUCUUUUCAAUCCAUUCAAUUUUGGUCAUGCAAGAGCACGUCGUUGGCUAUUACGCAUAUUGGGACGGAUUUUCAGAGCUCCAUUUGCUCAAGUGUCAUUCGCAGAUUUCUGGCUUGCAGAUCAAUUAAAUAGUUUGAAUUUUAUAUUUCCAGAUAUAGCCUAUUUUAUUUGCUUUUAUUCAUCCCAAAUUGACUGGGCCAAUGGUAUGAAUUAUAUACCACCGGUUGCAUUGUCAUCACCAUCAUCAUUAUCAACUUCACUGGUCAUAGCGCCUACUAGUGGACAUUCUAAUUCUACAAGUUUAACUCUUCCUACCUGUGCUUUCAAUUCAGAUAAAAUUAUAGCUGAUAGUUGCCGGUGUGAAGGAUUAUUAUUUGGUUUGGAUCCAAUUUUGAGGAUAUUGCCUGCAUGGUUUCGUUUUGCCCAAUGUUUAAGGCGUUAUCGAGAUAUGGAUGUAAAGAAAGCAAAUCCUCACUUACUGAAUGCUGGUAAAUAUUCCACAACAUUUCUGGUAGCAUCCUGUGGUGUCUGGUUGGCGAUUGAUAAAGACGGUACGUUUCCACUAGUAGCAUAUGUUAUUUCCAGUUUUAUUCGAUCCAGUUAUACAUACGCUUGGGAUAUUUUAAUGGAUUGGGGUCUGUUAGACUGUCAGUCAGAAAAUAAUCUAUUACGUGAUGAACUAGUCUACAGAUAUAAAGCUUAUUAUUUCUUUGCAAUUGCUGAAGAUUUAAUAUUUCGUUUGACUUGGAUUAUUCGUAUAUGCUUUCUACGUUAUGGAUAUGAGCGAAUGGAAAUUAUUGUUACAAUAUUAUAUACGCUUGAAGUUAUUCGACGUUUUAUAUGGAAUUUCUUUCGAUUGGAAAAUGAACACUUGAAUAAUUGUGGUCAGUUCAGAGCAGUUCGUGACAUAUUUAUUACACCUUUACCUAAAAGACCACCUCGAACAUCAUCAUUAACAUUUGAUAAUCCUAAUUCACAUAAUUCUGGUCUUUCAAAGUUCAUUCGUACAAAUCUUACUUCAAAAAAUGCAGUUCAACUGCUUGCCUAUUCUCCAGUCGCUGGACGAAGAAGUGUACCUGAUUUAUCAAGUGAAAAAACUUUUGAUCCAUCGCAUAAAACUAGUCAUUUUCAGGCAUGUGAUGGAUUAGUUAAUCAAAGAAGAAUUGGUGUUGUAGAAUCUGAGUAUGCACCAUCGCCGACAUUUCAGAUGCCAUUGGAAAAUGAGAAAAUAUUACCAGAUACAGCGUACAAAAAUCCUUUACAUCGGAUUUGGAAACAGUUGAAGUCUUUAGGGAAAAAGUCAAUCAAUGUAAAACAGUGUAAUUAUGAAAUGUCAGCUGUUGACUCUACAGAUAAUCUCUGUCAUGCUAAACCAACAUUCACCUUAUUUGUUGAUGGUGAAGAUAUUCAACAUACUCCAGAUCAUUCACCUGCUCUAUACUGUUCCGGAGAAAGAAAUUUUUCAUCCUCUCAGAGAUCACCUGAUAUAGUAAUAAAUCAGCCAAACUUAAAUCUUUCUGGAGUUUCAAAACCUCGUGUUUUUGUAAGAGAUAAACGCGUGCUAAUAUUAGAUCGUCAAACAGAUAAGGAAUGGGGAGAACCUUAUGAAAAAUGUAAACUUGAUAAAUGUAAAGUUGCAAUAAAUGACUACCCAAUGCCAUCGUCAUCAUCAUCAUCACCAUCAAAAACUUCAAUCAUGAAGUCGAGUACCUCUCAGCAGCGUGUGGAUCAACACUGUGAUAAUAAUGAUGGUUAUCCUGGAAAUAGCUUGGAUAUCAACACGAAUUUAGACUCUCCAGUAUUAAAGGGUAAUUCACCAACCAUUGGAAGUUUACAUCAUUCAAAUACAUCAACUACAUUUGUAAGCCAAGAUAAUUCAGACCUUGAUCCAUUAUGCAUUGAUGUAUUAAGUCCAAAUAAUACUGUAAGGGAUGAAAAUAAAACAAACAUUGUUCCAGUGAAUGUCGGGGUUGAAGAUCAAUGGAAAUGUUCUAUACCGAUUGCAACUAUUUCUGAUUGUGAAUCUACUAAUAUUUCUCCGAAUAAACUGUGAUGGCAUAAUUAUAUCACAGCACAACAAUAAGCUGACAAAUACCAGUGCAAAACGUUUAGAUACAAACAUAAUAUUCACAUUUACACAGAAGGCAAUAAUUUCUGCAAUUUUCUCCUUCCCUUAAUUUUAUGAAUUAUCUUACAUAACUUUAAUGUUAUUAGUAGAAUAUUUAUUAGUGUUUUUGUCUGGAGAGAAUGAAGAAAUAUAUGCAGAUGGAUGGAUAAAAUGAACUCAGCCUGUGUUUUUCUUUUUUCAAUCUUAUCAUAAGUUGGAAAUUUUCUAUUAGAAAAUGAUUAUAUUUUGAAAUUUAACUAAUAUUGUUAUUAUUACCAUUAUCAUUACAAUUACUAUGGUCCUCUUUUCUUUUUCUUUCAUGUAUACCCACAGAUGAAUCAUUUUCAUAUCUUUACUGGUAUUGUAUUUCAAGUAGAGACUAUCAGUUGUUGUUUUAUUUUGUUUUUUGUAAUAACAACACUUAUCAAACUUUUCUAACAAUAUUUUCUCAUGUACCGUAUGUAUAUAUAUACAUACAACUUGUUGUAUAAAUAUUGAACAUCUUGAAUUCGAGUUCGAUGAAGAAGAGGCAAACCUGUAUCCGUGUAAUCCCCCACUUAGUUUAUGAAGAAAUCUGUUUUGUAAUUUCUUAAGCCCCCCCCCUCCCCAAACGUCUUGAUGAUAUGAUAAUAGCAUACACCUCGCCAUUUCCAGUUACUAUGUGUGCGUUUAUUUUCUCUCUACAAUGUCCUAUAAUUACCUUUACGAAUUGAAUUCCUUUCUAACACGCACACUACACAUACUAACUAACUAACACACACGUAUAUGUUGUAAAAGAAAAUAAUAAAGAAAAGAAAAGAAAGGUGAAAGCAUGAUUUUUUUACAGUUUAGGUCCUUGUUUUUGUUUUCUGAUUUUUCUCUAAUCUGUUUCCGUUUUUCUUUUUAAAUUUCCUUUUGCAUAAUGCAAUAGUUAUGGUCUGUUCCUCAAGUAUUAUUACUAUUAUUAUUAUAAUUGUUGUUACUAUCAUUACAACAAUUAUUACUUUUUUAUUUGUUGUAUUUUCUUCUUUUUUUCCUUUUUGUUAUUUUGAUACCAUGAGUUUUGUUUGUUCAUUCUUCUUAUAUACAUAUAAAAGAGUUGAACUUAUACUGUCAAAUUUUAAUGAUCACAAAAUAAUAUAUAUAACCAUUGUAUUUGUAUUUGGCUCUGUCUC